UCUAAAUUCGCCUUCGAUCCUUCCACCAACACAACACCACACAUUCAUACAGCGCACCACCAGAUAACUCCUCUCUACUGUGCUACACUGCUCAAACAAAUCACAAGAACCAACAGAUUAUUGUCAUAAGAGAAACCAGCCAAUAUGCCCAAGAACAAGGGAAAGGGAGGCAAGAACCGACGUCGAGGAAAGAACGAAAACGACAAUGAAAAGCGCGAGUUGACCUUCAAAGAAGAGGGACAAGAGUACGCACAAGUCGUCAAGAUGCUGGGCAACGGCCGUCUCGAGGCACUCUGUUUCGACGGCGAGAAACGUCUAGCACACAUCCGGGGAAAACUGCGGAAAAAGGUGUGGAUCAACCAGGGCGACAUCAUCCUGCUCUCGUUGCGCGACUACCAAGAUGAAAAAGGCGAUGUCAUCCUCAAAUACUCCGCCGACGAGGCCAGAUCACUCAAGGCUUACGGCGAGCUACCCGAGAAUGCGAAGAUCAACGAAACAGAUACCUACGGCCACGAGGGUGUGGAUGACAAUGUCGAGUUCGACGAAGACAGGGACAGCGAAUCAGACAAGGAGGUUGAUAUUGACGACAUCUGAGUGCAAAAGUUAUUUUCAUGGAUAGAAGUUGGUGAAUUGCAACGCGCAUGAAUGCGAUGAGGCUUGAACCAGGCUUCCGGCUGCAUGGCUUAGCUUUUACACAUACGAUCAUGAUGGGAAGUUUUGGAAGAAAGGUCAGCAUGAAAGACUUGCAAUGAGAUCUCUUCUUUACCGAUCAUGUGUGGAUGACACCGUAUGGUCAGAUGCGUCAGCCUCGCAUAUUGCCCGAGGAGAAUAGAAGGGAUCUUGCAUCAGAACUUCCUAAGCCUUGCCAGCCUCACAGCAAAUACAUAAGCAAUGUUGCAACCACCCAUUCCAGCAGUCCCGGCACGUGAGGUCUUGAUGCAAACGAGUUUGUCGCAAAGGAUGGUGUCGCAAAGGAUGGAGUCGCACCACUGCUUCCCGCCAGGCUAGGAGUGAGUGUCAAAGUCCCAAAUGUCUCCGUGCUUUGACUAGAUUGACUAGAAACCCCUGUUGCUGAAACCGACACCUGCGUCGUGACAAUGACUAUACUUGGC